CUCUCUUCGCUCUGCAGGACCGAGCAGCGAGACAAGAGCUAAAACAAACAGCUGUGACUGUACGAGCCAGCCAAAUAGAGAGGGGGAGAGAGAAGGAUCCCAUCACCACUCCCCCAUUAGUCUCUCUCCCUCGCACACAUCUGAUUCCCCGAGAAACCUCUUCUUCAGUGUACUCAGUCAGGGCGACCCAGGCUCCACUGGGGCUCUCAGCAUGAGGAGGAUCAGGGCUAAUGCCAUUGCAAUCCUCACCGUAGCCUGGAUCUUGGGCACUUUCUAUUACUUGUGGCAGGACAACAAGCCCCACUCAGCAGCAUCCAGCCGAUCACCUAGCAGCAGCAGUAGCGGCGGAGGUGGCGGCGGCAGCAGCAGGAAUGGGCAGAGAUCAACUGGCAAACUCGAGAUCCACAAAGAAGAAAGGACCAUCCCCCUCAUUGUAAGCGUGACACGAUUCCGGAGGGAAUCGCAUUUUAAUUCCUCGGUAUCUAAGCCACCACAAGCAGAAAAAAAUGGCCUGCGGGGUUUUGAUGAGAAGGCAUACUUGUCCUCAAAGCUUCUGAAGGCUGGAGAAGACCCUUAUCGACAACAUGCUUUCAACCAGUUGGAGAGUGACAAACUCAGCAGUGAUCGGCCCAUUCGAGAUACCCGACAUUACAGGUGUGCCUCUGUGCACCAUGGUGCAGACCUGCCAGCCACUAGCAUCAUCAUCACCUUUCACAAUGAGGCUCGUUCCACCUUGCUCCGUACAGUGAAGAGUGUUCUGAAUCGUACUCCUGCCAAUCUGAUUCAGGAAAUAAUUCUAGUGGAUGACUUCAGCACUGAUACUGAUGACUGCCAGCUCCUUACCAAGAUACCAAAGGUCAAGUGUCUACGCAACAGUCGUCGAGAAGGGCUAAUUCGCUCUCGAGUACGAGGGGCUGAAACAGCGACAGCCGAGAUUCUCACCUUCCUGGACAGCCAUUGUGAAGUAAACAGCGAAUGGCUGCAGCCUAUGCUUCAGAGAGUGAAAGAGGAUUAUACUCGGGUGGUGAGUCCUAUCAUCGAUGUGAUAAGCCUAGACAAUUUUGCCUACUUAGCAGCAUCAGCAGAUUUGAGGGGAGGGUUUGACUGGAGCCUUCAUUUUAAAUGGGAGCAGAUCCCCAUUGAGCAAAAGCUCUCUCGGACAGACCCUACCCAGUCCAUAAGAACACCUGUCAUUGCAGGGGGCAUCUUUGUGAUUGAUAAGUCUUGGUUUAACCAUCUUGGAAAAUACGACACUCAGAUGGACAUCUGGGGAGGAGAGAACUUUGAGCUUUCUUUCCGAGUCUGGAUGUGUGGAGGCAGCUUGGAGAUAGUUCCCUGCAGCCGUGUGGGCCACGUUUUCAGGAAACGCCAUCCGUAUGAUUUCCCUGAGGGCAACGCACUGACCUAUAUCAAAAAUACCAAGCGUACAGCAGAAGUAUGGAUGGAUGAAUACAAACAGUAUUACUAUGAGGCCCGGCCAUCUGCCAUCGGGAAAUCAUUUGGAAGUAUUGCUGACCGAGUGGAGCAACGCAGAAAACUGAACUGUAAAUCCUUCCAGUGGUACUUGGAGAAUGUCUACCCUGAACUCAAGGUCCCGGAAAAGGAGUUGAUUCCUGGGAUCAUCAAACAAGGAGCAAAUUGCUUAGAGUCUCAGGGACAGGAUACAGCAGGAAACUCUGUAGCAGGAGUUGGAAAUUGUAAAGGGACAGUGAACAAUCCUGCUGCAACUCAGGAGUGGAUAUUCAGCGACCCUUUAAUCAGGCAGCAGGACAAGUGUCUCUCAAUCACCUCGUUCUCAACUGGGUCUCAGAUCACAAUCGAGGCAUGCAAUCAGAAAGACGGCAGACAGAAAUGGAAGAUGAAGGGCAGCUUCAUUCAGCACUUUGUCAGUGGCCUAUGCCUAGAAAGCCAGUCCAGCAGACUAGUGACCAACAUCUGCCAGUCAGACAUACUGGGCCAACAGUGGGAGCUGCUCCAAGCCACAUGAUAGUUGCCCAGCAACUUCUCUGUUGCUUUUGCAUGAGACUCUGUGAAUGGAAGGGGUUAGGGUGGGAGAUGAAGUUGGAUUAUCUUUAAACCCUACAUAUUUUGAUUGUGAGCCUCAGCCAAUAACAUUUCAGUUGAAAUUUCAGUGUUUUUUGGAUUCAUUAAUGAAGCACUUCAAGAUGUAAGGAAAGAUCACUGGAAAUGGCCCCUCUGUUAUCCCUGUUUCCCCACUGUGAAUAACAGUGUAUGAAGUUCAACAGUAGCUCAAGGCUGAAGAAGACUUCAGCCCAUCACCAAGACUUAGGUGUACCGAAGACUGACUGACAGCUCUUCCCUUCCAUUCCUUCCUCUCCAGGGAAACUUGUGAUCUGUGGUCCCAUGGAGUUGUUGCAAUUGGUGUCUGUGACAACGCUUAAUGUGAACUCCUGGUGGGUUUAUUUGGCUUCAUUGGCUUUCAGAUGUGACAUCACUUCUCAUUUUGCAUGUGUAUUGUACAAAAUGCUUUUUGGGAAAGCUGGCAAGAAUAGUUGUGCCUAAGUCUGUGGGAGAUGCAUAACUGAAGUAGAAAAGGAUGGGGUCUUUUAUUGGAUUUUUGUUUCUAUGUUUUUCUUCAUGUCAAUAUCAUUCCUUGCAGAGAUUCUCUCUAUGGCUCCUUGCUUUAUGUGGUUGAUAAGGUUGAUGGUCUUGCCAGAAAGUUAAAACUAGCCCUCACUGGCUAAA